CCUAUUGGAAACUAUGCGGGGUGUUACUGUAGCUUUCGUGAAGCAAAUUGUACAACAAUGAAAGAUAUGCUUGCCUUGCACCCCAAAUCAUAUUGACUAUUGGUUUACCCGACAGCCUUCGGAAACGAAAUAAACAGCUGUAAGCCUGGAGCGAAUACUGCUUGCCAGCGGAGGCUGGCUGACAAUUCUGUCUCCCGCAGGGCCUAGCAGCACAAUUGCAACAUGGCCGGAUGCAAACCGUCGUUUCCCAAGAGCACACGUUGAAGUAAUUCAUCGUGUCUUGCGAAAGGCGAAUCGAACCUGUAGGUCAGGUCGCACUAACUGCUUUCAACGCAGCAACACUUUUACAUGUAAACACCAACCCGUCAGCCGCAUGCGGCUUCAGGAGGCCGUGACAGCCCCCCGCGCUUUCGCCGCGUGCGGGGGGCCAUCGAGCAAUCCAUCCCCAGCCCAGGCGCCCGUCUACAGCGCCCUACUCCCUGUGCCACGGCCACAUCAACGGCUCAUCAAUGCUUUAGUGGAGAGAAAAUUAGGAGUUCAGGUUGCCAGGAGUUCAGCAGCUGCUGCGCCAUCCCUGGCGACAUCCAUCACAGACAUCACCGGUACAGCUCCGGAGUUGGCCGCCCCUGACCACCUCCUGAGCUCCCACCUAGAUAGCUCCCUCCCGCACCCUGAAAGCCGGCCUCGCGUUUCCCUACAGCAGCCGCCGCUGCGUCGAACAACACAUGUGGGCAGCAGCAGCGCCGGCAACAGCGGCGGCGGCAGCAGCAACAGCAGCAGCCCCGCCACAUCCCAUCGUCGGGUCUGGACCUCCCGUCGAAACCCUCCGCACCCACCCUCUUCACCACAACCUCCUCACCAUCACAGCAGCAGAGCUCCUUCCCCGCACCCGCCGUCCCACGCGGGUCGCCUUUCAGGACCGCAACAGCUGGCGCAUGGCGGGAGUUCGGCUGCAGCUGCCGGCGCCGCAUUGGCUCAUGUCGCAGCAACUUCCAGGUUGGUCGCCGCCUGGUCGAAUGGUGGUGGUGGUGGCGGCGGCGGCGGCGGUGUGACGUCAUCCGGCUUGCGCCGACGCUCCCGAUCGUUGUCCUCCUCGGUCUGGGACGGGCGCAGCAGCCGGGAGGGUGCCAUGGGAGGGCAGCACCGUGAACGAGGGCCUUCUCUACCGCCGCAGCAGUUGCCGACACAGUUGCCGCCGCCGCCGCCGUCUGUGGGUUACCAUCAUACCACCGCAUUCCGGACCAGUCCUCCGCCGCGUCAAGGCCCGCAUGCUGAGGAGGUGCAGGGGUUCAGGCAGCAGGGGUCGCUGACGCCCCAGCGGCCGUGGUCGCCAUCACCACCCCCUGCAUGGAAUGCGGCAGCGGGACAUGCAGGGGCUGGCGAGCGAGCACAUGUAGGCGUGUGGGCUCCCAACGGCGGCACUGGCGUUUCCGCCUUUCCCGGCAGCAGCGCUGUUGCAAGCGACGGCAGUUCGUAUCGUACCGACGUCAUUGGUGGUAAUGGUGUUGGUUUCUGCGACGCGCGCGGCGGCGGCGGCGGUAGUGUGGACAUGUACGGGUUGAUCAACGGCUGCCGCGGCUGGCGUGAGCUCCUCGACUUGCAGCGCUCUAUGAGCGGCAGCCUCAAGCCGCAGCACAUACCCGCACUCAUGGCGGCAGCGGUUAAGAUCUUGAACGGUAGCGACAACAGCAACAACCGCUACUGCAGCAGUAGGAGGCGCGACAUUAGCAGCAGUAGCAGCAGCACCCGGAAUGGCGGCGGCUUGGGCGGUAGCAUGGGCGCGGACGUCAGGACGUCGGCGGCGGCGGACGCGUCGUUAAAUGUCAGUGGCGAUGUCGACGACGACGAUGACGACAACCAGGUCGCCGAGCAGCUGUCGUACAUCUGGGAUCUUGCCGUUAGUGCGUUGCGGUUGGCUCGCUCGCGGGAGUUACCGCCGCGGAGUCUGUCGACAGCGCUGUGGGCGGUCGCCAAGCUGCCGGCAGAUCUGCCCUUUCCGCCGCAGCAACACCUGCUGUCAUCCUCGCCCUCGCCACCCCCAUGGUUUCGCGGAAACCUCCCGCCUUCAAGCCGCGAACCGUUACUACAACAACAACCCCACCAACGGUUUCCGCUGCCCUCACCGCAAGCGCAACAGCACCUGCAGCCGCCGCCUCAUCAACCGCAACAACCACAACCGCAGCAGCAUCCCCUGCAAUUACCUUCUCAGCACCGGCCCCAGCAGCACCAGCAGCCGCCUCCUCGUGACCCACGGGUCGGCAGCGAGCGGCAGCGCUGGGCGCUGGCCAUGCUGCAGUGCUGUCGACCGCUGCUUCGCUCCUUCCCGCCUCGGGACCUCAGCCAACUGCUGUGGGCAGCAGCCACCCUGGAUUGCUGCGGACCGCUGCCCUCUGGGUUUCUGCAUGAAGUGGUGGGGGCGGCGGAGCUGCGGCUAGGCGCCUUCGAACCUCAGGCCAUCUCCAACAUGCUUUGGGCCCUAGCUCGACUACGCUACCGCCCACCACGCCCCUGGCUACUGGCGGUCUGUUCCGCCUCCGCACCGCAGCUCCCCCUCUUCAGCCCGCAGGCGCUCGCCAACACCGCAGCGGCGCUAGCUGCCUGGGAGCUACAGCCGCUGCAGCCGGAGUGGCGGGAGGCCUUUCUGGCGGCAUGCCUCGACAUGUGGAGGAGGACGACAGCGGCGGAGGCGGCGGAGGUGGAGGUUGCCAAUGUACGGCAUGCAGCUGAGCCGAGAAGACGAAUGCAGCAGCCGGCGGUGCCGACGCAUUCCAUAGCGGCGACGGCGUGGGCUGUAGCUCGGCUGAGAUUGGCGCCGUCGGCGGACUGGGUGGCGGCGCUAGCGGAGGCGGCAGCUGCUACAGCGCCGUACAUGAACGGACAGGAUGUAGCAAACGUGAUGUGGGCGCUAGCAGCCCUGGGUUACAACCCCGCUGCUCCUGCUGGCGCUGCUGCUACUGCUGCGGCUCCCCUUCCGCUAGCUGCGCUGCUGUCCGCCUGGCUCCGCUGCGCCCCCUCCAUGCAGCCACAGCAGCUCUCCGCGUGCAUGGUGGCGGCGGCACACAUGCGGCUCCGAGUGGACGUUGCGUCACCCUCCCCGCCACCGCCGCCGCUGUCAGCUGCUGCUGCGGCUGCCCAUGCAGACGCCGCGUCGUCGGGGUCCUCGCCGCCGCCCGCACUACUGCUGUCACCAGCUCUGCUAGAGGCCACCAUGCAGGGUCUAGGCGGCCCCCGGAUGACGGGUGUGGGGGGUCAGGCGGUGGGCAACUGCCUCUGGGCUGCUGCGCGGCUGGGCUGGCGGCCGCCGGGGUGGUGGGUGGCGGCGGCGGUGGGGCGCUUCAUGGAGUGUUUGGAGGAUGAUGAGGAGGUGGGGCCGCAGGAGGUGGCCAACGUGUGGUGGGCGAUGGGGCGGCUGCGCUGGGCGCCCGCUGCUGACGUGGCGUUGGAGCUGCUGAGUCGUACACUGGGGCUGGCGGCGGCGAGGGACCUGAGGAGCGGCGAGCUGGCGAUGACGUUGGGGGGGCUGGCGAGGCUGGGAGUGAAGCCGCCAAAGGAGCUACUAGACAAGCUGGUGAGCGUUACACUUCGCAUGGGUCGGGCGGAGGCCGCAAACGUUACAGGGCGGGAGUCAGAACGGCUCAAUCAGUGCGAUGCUGCACAACCGGCGGCGGAGGGGCGGGCAGCGGCGGCUUGCGUGCACAGCGAACAGCAAGGGCAACUGCCACAGUCGCAAAUGUCUCCUCAGCAGCCGCAGCAGUUGUCCCUUCAUCAAAACGACGAGGAUGGCCCACAACCGCAUUCCAAUCAAGCUCCUGACGCAGCAGAAGCUGCGGAAGAAGUCCCCAGCCGACCCACGGGUCACCCCCGACGACCGACCCAGACCCAUGGGUCACUUCCGCCUGUUCCUCCUGAGACACUCGUCACGCUGCUGCGUGCACUAGCAGCCAUGGGCGCUACCUCCCAGCUUAGUGCCGUGGAAUCGGCGCUGGAGCGAUCGCUGAGGCAUUUGGCUGAGUCGACCGCCGCUGUUAUUGCCUCAGCGACCGGCGUUGCGACCUCCAACCGAACUGCAGGGGGAGCUAGUAAUGGGUCAUCGGAGCCGUCAAGUAGCGCAGAUGCUGACACGUCAGCAGCACCGGCAGCAGCAGUCGUGGCGGCGGCCCAGACAAAGGCAGCUGCAGCUGCUCGUCAGGUAGCGCUGAUGCUGCAUUCCGCAGCCGCACUAGGGUGCUGCUUGGAGACCUGGACGUCACAGCCCACUUCACUGGCGGCGGCGACAACGGCCCGCAAGGGUAUGGGUAAAAGGAGCGCCAGCAGGAACAAGCGACAACGGCACAAUCGAGGCCUAGCGGGCGCUGUAGUUGAUGCCGUACGAGCCGUAUUGCCGUACGCCAACGGUCCUGAUCUGGCAAUCAUGCUGGGAGCGUUAGCGGACAUGCGGGCAUCGGUGCCAAUGAGUGGUCUGCUGGUAGCGGCGCUGGUGCGUACGACAGAGCUAUGUACGACAGGGGCCUUGGCGGCAGGAGGCGGCGGCUUGCCGCUGGUGCUUUGCAGCAUGGGACGGCUGCUGCGUGUGCUUCGGAAACGGGAGCAGCGGGAGGCUGCAGAGACAGGUGUGGGUACAUUAGAGCAGCGGCUGAGUCAGGAUGAGCAAGGCAAGGUUGCUAAGGCAGCGAAGGAGUCGACAGCCGCUUCAGGGGUUGUGCUAGAGCGCUGGUCCGGGUUGCUACAGCGGCCCCGCAUAGCGACAAUCCGCAGCGCCUUGCUAGCGGCGCUCCUGCAACAGCUGCAAGCGCCUGUCGUACGCCGUACGGCACUCACCGCCGAGGAUGUACUGCAGCUCGUCCAGGGCCUUGCAUGGUGCCGACUGUCGCCGCUGCCGCCGUCACUGCUGCAGUUGCUUGUAAUCGCGGUCGUACGGCAUUGCAAUGAGAUGCCGUACUACAGCCUUGCAUGUUGCCUGGGGCAGCUACUAGCCCUGGGAGGGGAGAUGGACCCCAGGCUGGCUCGGGUGCUGCUGCGACGCAUGCGUACGACAGCAGCAGCGACGGCGGCGGCUGUACGGCGUACUAACGGCGCCGCCGACGCCACGGCAGUGCCGGUAGCGACCGAUUUGCUGGGGGAAGAUGAUUGGGACGAGCGGUUGGUGUGUCGCUGCUGUGGGGCUGUGGGUUCACUGGUCGCGGUGUGGGUGCUGCGGAGGCGAAUGGGGAGCGCACGUGAGCGAGG